UCUGCCUGUCAUAAUUAGUGCUGCAAGCUUCCUGGACUGUAGCAAACCCAUAGAACAUACAGCGCGAGAGAGAGCCUGCCCAUCUGUACCUCAUACAGCAGGGGCUACUGCUUUACUGUUCCUCCCUCCUCUCGGCACCCUGACAUGGGAUUCGCACAGUCUCGCUCUGUGGAGACCCGGCAACUAGUGAAUAAGACCGGCUUUACUGCAGAACAGAUCGAACAUCUACAUAAGAGAUUCAAUUAUCUAUGUGGGGAUAAGCCAACUCUCAGGAGAAGUGACUUGGAUAAAGUUUCUGACCUGGACACUAACCCCAUCCGAUUAAAAAUUAUUAGUGCCUUUUUCGACAAACGGAAUUUAAGGACAGGAUCUGGUGGGUUUGCAGAAGAGCUAAACUUUGAGGAGUUUCUAACCAUCAUGUCUUAUUUUCGCCCACUUGGUGAGAAUAAGGAUGAAGAGAACAUCAGUUCAUGUCGUACGGAUAAACUGAGAUUUCUCUUCAACAUGUAUGAUUCUGACAACGACAACAAAAUUACACUGGAAGAAUAUAGAAAGGUAGUGGAAGAGUUGCUGUCAGGAAACCUUAACAUUGAGAAAGAAACAGCAAAGUCCAUUGCAGACGGUGCAAUGCUAGAAGCUGCCAGCAUAUGUGUCGGGCAAAUGGAACCUGACCAGGUAUAUGAAGGGAUAACGUUUGAAGACUUUCUGAAGAUAUGGCAAGGAAUCGAUAUAGAAACAAAAAUGCAUGUGCGGUUCCUGAACAUGGACACAAUACCAUCAUGCCACUGAAUAUGUCUUAAACUUUAGAUCAACUAUGUGCAGUCUAUAGAGCAACAUGUGCCAACUUUCAAACCUAGGACAAAAUGUUGGAGAAUGAUGAAGUAAAUACUUCUUAUUCAGCUGGUGACUGAUUUAUCCAAUGGUGAAGGGAUUAAAGCCAUAAUUAUGUAUCACCUGAAGAUUGUUGUGCUGUGCUCUGCAUCUCUGUAGUUCAUCAGCACCAAAGAAAAGCUAUAAGGAACUGAAAAGUUAAUUCUCAAAGUUAUGCAAGUACCUAUAUGUCUUUAUAGCCCUAUUCAACGGAAUACUGUUUAUUUUAAUGUCAAUAAAGCUAUAUUAGCUUGAAUCUGGAGAUAUCUAGAAAAUAAAUCUAUAGUGUUCUUGAAGCAAUAAAAUAUUGUUAAAGA